CAGCCCUGAAGAGUUUUCACCAAAUUGCAAGCGGGAGUCAGGCAUCUGGCCGGCUGAAGAGGUUUUGGCUUACUACUGCCUCAAGCACAGUGAUGUAUUCAGGGACCUUGCUGUGUGUGAGCUAGGAGGUGGCAUGACAUGCUUGGCUGGGCUCAUGGUUGCUAUUUCUGCAGAUGUCAAAGAAGUUCUGUUAACUGAUGGGAAUGAAAAGGCCAUCAGAAAUGUGCGAGAUAUCAUCGCGAGGAAUCAGGAGGCUGGUGUGUUUAAGACUCGGAAAAUAUCAAGCUGCGUUUUACGAUGGGAUAAUGAGACAGAUGUCUCUCAACUGGAAGGACAUUUUGACAUAGUUAUGUGUGCUGACUGCCUGUUUCUGGACCAGUACAGAGCCAGCCUUGUUGAUGCAAUCAAGAGAUUACUUCAGCCCAGGGGGAAAGCCAUGGUAUUCGCCCCACGCCGAGGAAAUACUUUAAACCAGUUUUGCAAUCUAGCUGAAAAAGCUGGUUUCUCUGUCCAAAGACAUGAAAAUUAUGACGAACACAUUUCAAACUUCCACUCCAAGUUGAAAAAGGAAAAACAGGGCAUCUAUGAAGAAAACCUUCAUUACCCACUUCUGCUUAUUUUAACCAAAAGUGGAUAGAAGAUUAAGCUGCUCAAAAGAUGAAGAAAGCAUCAAGUACGCAGGGGAUAUUGUACAAAACCAGAAAGCUGUCAUGGGGAGAGAAGGCAUCAAGCCCUUGGUCCUCUGAGACUUGCCAGCGCCCAGGACUUGCAUCCCAAUCACCUUUGCGACAUUCCACGUGGGGAACAUGGAGCCCACCUGUCCUCACCCACAUUAUUCUCCAGCCAUCCUGGAUGCCUCUUGUUUUCAGUCUGCUUGUUGCUCUUCCGCGCACCAAACCUUUGUUUGUCUUUAAAAUGUCUAUAAACAGCUUGUCUAAGAUUCGGGUUGUGAGCACCCUACAUGUUUUUACAGCUAACUGAGACAGAAUUUCUUUUGGUGACUCCCACCCCCCACCCCCUUUUAAAAAAUAUUUUGGUCUUUGUUCCAUUUUUGUGGCAGUCGUGUUUCAUCUGUAAAUAUAGCAAGCACCAUGAUUCUGUCCUGGCGAAUAAAAAUAUAGCAUAUC